CACUCUCUCAUCUCGUCUCCUCACUUUUCUGUGGCUCUCUGCGUCUCUCAGAUUCUGAUCUGGGUUUGCCUACGAAACAGUUGCAUUGGAUCGAUGAUCAGAUUUAAUCUAACUAGUAACUUGGGACUUAAAUAUAUGUCUGCAUGCUUAGAUUCCUGCUUCUGUUAAGUGGAUUUAGUUGUUGGUUUUGGGUAGAGCCGCAAUGGUUUCUAUGGUGAAAAUGAUCGUUUUUCUGACGCUUGAAAUACUUAUUUACAGUUAGAACGCAUCAUAUUUGUACAUGGGGUGAUUGAGUAAUAGUUGAAUAGGUUUUUUUUUUUUUUUUUUCUUUUUCCGUUUUAUCUUUGAAUUUAUUAGUAUCACUGUGGUUGGCUCAGUGAGGUGCAAUUAAUUCCUUACAUCAGUGGUUUGAGUUUUGUUUCUCGAAGACAAACAAAUGACGAAGAAGAAGAACCCCUUUGUUUUUAUGGAUGUGUCCGUUGAUGGCGAUCCUUAUGAAAGAAUGGUUUUUGAGCUUUUCUCUGAUGUUGCUCCCAAGACUGCAGAAAAUUUUCGUGCUCUAUGUACAGGAGAGCAGGGAAUCGGUCCAAAAAGUAGAAAACCGCUGCACUACAAAGGGUCCUUUUUCCAUCGUAUUGUAAAAGGUUAUAACGCACAGGGUGGCGAUUUUGUGAAAAGAGAUGGCACAGCUGGUGAAAGCAUUUAUGGCGAGAAGUUUCCAGAUGAGUCACCUGUGCUCAAACACUCUGGACCUGGCCUUCUAUCUAUGCCUGUUGCUGUUCGUGACUCUUUAGGUUCUCAUUUCAACAUCACUUUUGCAGCUAAUCGUAAUCUUGACAGAAAGAAUAUAGUUUUUGGGAAGCUUGCACAAGGGCAUGAGGUCCUGAAAAAGAUUGAAAAUGCGGGCGAUGAAGAUGGGAAUCCAACUGUAUUAGUUAAAGUGAUCAAUUGUGGCGAAUAUAACGAAGAGAUAAAGAGAGCAAGUAAAGUGAAAGUUGGGAAGGAUGCUUCUUCGGAAGCUAAUAGUCAUGAACUGAGGCGAAGGGUUAAACACAAAAAAUCUUCUAAAGAUAGAAGGAAGAGGAGGAGAAGGAUAUAUGAUUCAUCUGAAUCAGACAGUUCCUCAGAUUCUGAAUCUGAGUCAUCUGAGUCAGAUAGUGAGUCUGACUCAGAUGUGUCCUCAUCAUCUUAUGCUAGUUCUUCAAGUGAUGACAGGCAUAAGAAAAGAAAGAGAUCUUCUAAAAGAGACAAGCAUAGACGUGGAAAGAGGCGGGAUAAAAGGCGUGACAAAAAGCGAAGGCGGCAUGAUAAGAAAUCUAAGAUCAGAUCAAAAAGGGCAUCACAUGGUCAUACUGAUUCUGAGAGUGAAAUUAAAAGUGAAAGUAGCUGUGAAGAUGAUGGCCUUGACGCCAAAAGGAAGGAUCAAAAGUCUAAGAAGGACAUCUCUGAAAAAUCUGGCGAAGGUGAUGCUUCAAUCUACCUUACGAAGAGGGAGGAAGCUGAAGUGCUUGUGAAAGACGGUGCAUAUCCUAAGGAGAAUGGAGAUCAGCAGAGCAAUGGACUUGCAGGUGGUAAAUAUGACAAAAGUGCAGAUAGACAGCCUGACAUAGUUGAUGAUCACCCAGGCAAAUCUAGGAGCCGAAGCUUCAGUCCUAAGAGGGCCAUGAGUAAGAGUAUGAGUAUUAGUCCCAGGAGGAGUCCGACCAAGAGCCCAAGUUUAAGUCGCAAACGGAGUGAGAGCAGGAGUUCGAGUGUUAGUAGAAGCCCUCCUCCUCCCCCUCAAAGGAGCAGGAGCAUCAGCAGGAGUCCUGUUAGAAGCGAUAGCAGUAGAAGCCCAGCCAGAGGUUUCAACAAAAGACCAAUGAAGGGCUGGAAGGGUAGGAGUCCAGUGAAAGCCCGGUCUCAAAGAAGCAUAAGCAGGAGCCCACCAUAUGGCAGAAGCCCAGUAAAAGUUCCAAGAAGCAUAAGCGGAAGUCCACCUAGAAAACCACCACAUAAAUCAAUUAGCAGAAGCCCUGCCAGAGCUUCAAGCACAAGCAGAAGUCCACCAAGAAAAUCAUUGCACAAAUCAAAUAGUAGAAGCCCUGUAAGAGUUUCAAGAAGCAGAAGCCCAGUUAUAUCUUCUCGAAGGAGAGCAAGCAAAAGCCCUGUAAGAGUCUCAAGAACUAGAAGCCCAGUUAGAUCUUCUCGAAGGAGUGCAAGCAGAAGCCCUGUAAGAGUAUCAAGAAGCAGAAGCCCAGUUAGAUCUUCUCGAAGGAGUGCAAGCAGAAGUUCAGGUAGGUUUCGUUCUAGGAAAACUGCUAGCCGCAGUCCGCUGAGGGCCCCAAGCGGGAAUAACCAUCGCAGCUAUUCAAGGAGUCCUAGCCCAGUAGCGCGUAGGGUAAGGUCGCCUUUAUCACCAGAUCGGGGGAGGAGCUUGUCAAGAAGUGUUUCACCUGAUGCCUCACCAAAGCGCGUUAGAAGAGGACGGGGUUUCAGUCAGCGGUACUCUUAUGCACGGAGGUACAGAACCCCUUCUUUGUCUCCUCCUGUGAGAUCUUAUCGUUAUGGUGGUGGUCGAAGUGAUCGUGACAGGUAUUCAAGUUAUAGAAGGUCCAGGUAUUCUCCGAGGCGCUAUAGAAGCCCACCAAGAAGAACACCUCCUAGAUACAGAAGCAGAAGAAGCAGAAGUCCAGUAUCACGCAGCCCUCGUUACCGCAGCCGAAACUAUAGUCGUAGCAGUAGCCCCAUCAGGAGUCGUAGCCCAGUGCGAAGUCGUAGCCCCAUUCAGAGCCGCAGUCGUUCUCCAGUGGAGGUGGGUAGAUCACACGUCUCUCCUCGGGUUGAGAGGGCAAGAUCUUCAUCAAGAAGCAGAAGCCCAUCAAGGUCGAGAUCAAGGUCCUCAUUGGAUUCCAGAUCCCCAAUUCGGACGGGCAAAAGCAGGUCCAGGUCAUCGUCAGGAAGCCCAAAAGGGAAGAAGGGCCUGGUUUCGUACGAUGAUGUUUCCCCUUAGUCGAGGGUAAAAUGAUGACAUCGUAGUAGCAACGGAGAUGUUUUGAUCCACUUUUGAUGGAGUUGGCCAUUGAUAGAUUUUACCGGUGUUGAGAAAUGAGUAUUACUUGGGGUACUUUGAGGGACGUGAUAUCGUUGAAGCUGUUUUAAUUGUAGGUGGAUUUCACCCGUGAGGAUUGUGGAUCUUGUGCUGCUAGAUCAUCAUAUUUCUGUGCCUCAUUAAUUCGAGUUCGUAUGAUUUGUUAUACUUUCUAAAGUGCUUUUCAUAAUUGGCUUUUUCAGGUUUUGCUGUACUUUGGAAUGUGCUUUUUUCAUAAUUGGCUUUUUCAGGUUUUGAGGGUUUCUAGUCUCGGGGGUUUGGUCGUUAUUUAUUACUUUGAAAAAUAUGAAUUUGGCAUAUCGGUGUUUAGAAAAUUUGAUGGAAAUGCAAAUUUAAGAUUGAAGUA